AUGCCUGUCACGUCCGCGGCAGCAGGCGGGGCGCAGGAUGGGGAGUUCGUGCCUCGGCGCGUCUACGUCGGCGGCAUGCCCUACCGCUUCACGGAGGCAGAGAUACGGGAGUACUGGGGUUACUGUGGCGAGAUAGAGAGCAUGGACAUCAUGACUUUCCCGGACACCGGGCGGUUCAGGGGCAUCGCCUUCAUCACCUUUGCGACGGAGGAGGCAUACCAGGCAGCCUUGGGCUACGACGGCGAGGACUGCGAGGGCCAGCGGGUCAAGGUCCAGCGGUGCAAGGCGCCGACCUCCGUGCGCCGCCAGGCCGCGCCGGCAAUUGCCACGCCGACCGCCGCGGCGCCUGCGGCCGCGAUCCCACCCACCCAGGCCGGGGCCUCCCCUGCGCCGCCGGCCGCCGAUGCCAGGGGCUCCGCACCAAAGACCCCUGGCUACCACGUGGCGUACGUGGGCAACGUGGCCUAUGAUGCCGACGAGGCGACGUUGCAGAAGCUGUUCGAGCCCUUCAACGUCACGCUGGUGCGCCUGCACACCGACAAGGAGACCGGGCGGCCCAAGGGCUUUGCCCACGUGCACUUCAGGCGAGGCGGGCAUGGGGGAGUACCGGACGAGGCCUCGCUGGAUGGGGCACUCCAGCUGAACGGCACGCAGCUCAUGGGCCGGGCCAUCAAGGUCGGCUAUGCCCAGGCCAAGAAGAACCACAGCGGUGGCGCUUGA